AUGCCGCCGCACCUCACCUCAGGAAACCAGCGAUGCCACCUCCUGUAUACCCUGGACAACCUGGACAUCCUGGCUACUCCGGGCCACCCGGACAUCCCGGACAACCUGGAUAUCCCGGACAACCUGGAUAUCCCGGACAGCCUGAACAUCCUGGGCACCCUGGACAACCUGCACCCCCUGCACCACAUGAAUUCGGAUCUCGCCAAACAGAGGCGCCCUCUAGCGGCGUACACGUGCACUCGGGCAUCGGAUGCCCGAGUGGUGCACAUCGACAAAACAUCGGAUGCCCGCGUCGUUUUGUCGAACUUUCCGUCACAGCAACGUACGCCUCCCACCAAGGCGGACAACUUCCUCAACACGUGCGUCACCAUUGUGGCCGUGCUCAUCGUGGUCACGCUAAUCGUCAUGGGAUUCAUCCUGCUCAAGUGCUUCAGCAUCCAAGAAGUCUGUAACAGGACGAUAACUGCCUACGGCGACAUGAACACUUCCCUGUCUUGUGAAAGCGACGAAUGCAAGGCAUACGCAUUGACGAUGCGGGCCUCCAAGCUAGACUUCCAGGAGGCCUGCGAGGACUUCUACGAGCACGUCUGCGGCGGCUGGAUUCGCACGGCCAAGGUGGCUCCAGACGAAGUCUUCAAGAGCGUCGCCAGGGACAUGCGACGGACCGUAGAGGACCAGAUCUCCGAGAUACUGAACAACACCGUGAUAUCGUACCGAGACCAGACAGCUGCCCAGAAGGCUGCUGCGCUCUACCAAGGCUGCAUCAACAUCGACCUGCGCAACAGCAAAGGUACCAAGCCCCUGGAGGACUUGCUGGCGCGGUACGAGCUAGCGCACUGGCCCAUAGUGAACCGGACGCAGCAGUUCCGCACCUUCUACCUGCUGGGCAACGCCAUCCGGGAGCUGCGUCUGGACGCACUCAUCUCGGUCACUGCGCACCUCGACUACCACAACAGCGAACGCUACAUCCUUUACAUCGGACAGCCCUCGUUCGGUGUGGAGACCCUGGUGCUGCGAGGCCGUUACCGGAGUCCCUUCUUCCGCAUACUGCACCGCUACAAGCUGUACAUCUAUCGAUGCGCUCUGCUGCUCGGCGCUAACGUUGCCGCCGCCGACAUCGUCAAUGACAUCGUCACCUUUGAGGCGAAGCUCGCCUACAUCUCGGAGCCGCCAACCGAAAUACGCAAUCCGCAGAGCGUGUACAACCUGAUGUCACUCAAGAUGCUCGAAGGCGCCAUACCAGAGAUCCGCUGGGUGUACUUCUUAAACAUCGUGCUGCGGGACGUCGGCGUGUCGCUCGACUUGGACGACCACGUGGUGGUGAUGCACCCGCUCUACCUGAAGCGGCUCUCUCGACUCCUCAAGGAAGUGUCGAGCUCUACGGUGGCCAACUACAUCGGCUGGCGCAUCGUGCAGACGAUGGGCAUCCACACCAUGGAUCGGUUUCGGCGGUCUCGCUUCCGGUUCGACCGCUACCGCUACCUGGUGCAGGACAUCAUCGAACUGCCGCGCGAAUGCGUGCGCCUCACCACGCAACUGUUGUAUUUCGCCGUGGGCAGGCUCUACUUCGAUCGGCACAUAAGCAAGCCGGCCGAGCGGUACCGCAAGGUGUACGACCUUGCGGAAGAAGUGCGAGACGCGUUCGCCGUCCUUAUCGACCUGAACACCUGGAUGGACACCGAGACCAAGGACAGGGCCCGGCAGAAGCUCCACCACCUGCAGCUCAACAUCGGCUACCCUCCGUGGAUCCGGAGCGACCGAGAUUUGGACGAGUACUACAAGGACCUGCCCGACCUCCGCAAGGAGGAGUUCUUCGUGAGUCUCCUCAAGGCGCUGCAGAUCCACAGCCGCAUCUCGUUCGCCAAGCUGCGCAACGUGCGGCGGGCUCCCGACUUCGGAAAUCCAAACAAUACAGAAGCAUAG